AUGGAAGUUCUCGCGCAAGCCAAACAGCAAUUUGCCCAAAAUGACCGCAUCGACGUCAACCUGCUCGACCAAGUGGUCCGUAUCAUGAACCAAAUGAGCGGAAAAGAACAAGCCGAAGCGAACCACAUCCUCAUGUCGCUCAAGGAGGAUCGCGACUCGUGGACCAAAGUCGACGCGAUUUUGCAAUAUUCGAAUCUCAACGAGUCGAAAUAUUUCGCGCUUCAAAUCCUCGAAGGUGUCAUUCAGCACAAAUGGAAGUCGUUGCCGCAGGUGCAACGCGAGGGCAUCAAGACUUACAUCAUUUCGAAGAUGUUGGAGCUCUCGAGCAAGCAGGAGACCAUGGCUUCCAACCAACUGUUGCUCCAUAAAAUGAACCUGGUGUUGGUGCAAAUCGUCAAGCAAGACUGGCCAAAAGCGUGGCCAACGUUCAUCACCGAUAUUGUCGACUCGUCGAAGACCAACGAGACGGUUUGCAUCAAUAACAUGAACAUUUUGAGCUUGUUGAGCGAGGAAGUGUUCGACUUUGGAUCCCAAAACCUCACGCAAGCCAAGGAGCAACACCUCAAGCAACAGUUCUGUGGACAGUUCCAAGAGGUCUUCACCCUCUGUGUCUCCAUCCUAGAGAAAUGUCCAUCCAACUCGAUGGUUCAAGCUACCCUGAAAACCCUUCAACGCUUCCUGACCUGGAUUCCAGUUGGCUACGUCUUCGAGACCAACAUCACCGAGCUCCUCUCGGAAAACUUCCUCUCCUUGGAAGUCUACCGUGUGAUCACCCUUCAAUGUCUCACUGAGAUCUCCCAAAUCCAAGUGGAGACUAACGAUCCGAGCUACAACGACAAGCUUUGCAAGAUGUUCUGCUCCACCAUGCGCCAUAUCUCUUCGGUUCUCUCGUUGGAUCUAGAUUUGGCGGCUGUCUACAAGGAGGCCUCUGAUCAGGAUCAGAAGUUUAUCAGCAGCUUGGCCCAGUUCCUGGUCGCAUUCUUAAAGGAGCACGUUCACCUCAUCGAAAUCACUGACGAGCCGCUGUCCGAAGCCAAAAUCAUGAUUCGCGACGCUCACGACUACGCCAUUCGCCUCCUUCUCAAGAUCACUCUGAUCGAGGAGAUGGAAGUGUUCAAAGUGUGCCUCGAUUGCUGGUGCUGGCUGACCGCUGAGCUCUACAGAAUCUCACCGUUCAUUCAACCAAGCUCCAUCUACGGAAUGAUGAACAAUACUCGUGAGCAUCCACGUCGCCAGCUCUACCGAGAGUAUCUAUCCACUCUUCGCUCUGCUAUGAUCUCCAGAAUGGCGAAACCAGAAGAAGUGCUGAUUGUGGAGAAUGAUCAGGGAGAGGUGGUUCGUGAGAUGGUCAAGGAUACCGAUUCCAUUGCUUUGUAUCGGAACAUGCGUGAGACUUUAGUCUAUUUGACCCAUUUGGACAACAAGGAUACCGAGAUGAAGAUGACUGAGAAGCUCGCGUCGCAGGUCAACGGAGGAGAGUUCUCGUGGAAGAAUCUGAAUCGAUUGUGCUGGGCGGUUGGAUCCAUUUCGGGAACUAUGGUUGAGGAGGACGAGAAGAGAUUCCUUGUUCUUGUCAUUCGGGAUCUCCUUGGUCUCUGUGAGCAGAAACGAGGAAAGGAUAACAAGGCUGUGAUUGCUUCGAACAUCAUGUACGUCGUCGGACAGUACCCAAGAUUCUUAAGAGCUCACUGGAAGUUCCUGAAGACUGUCAUCAACAAACUAUUCGAAUUCAUGCACGAGACACACGAAGGAGUCCAGGAUAUGGCUUGCGACACCUUCAUCAAAAUCGCCAUCAAGUGCAAGAGACACUUUGUUAUCGUUCAGCCAGCUGAGAACAAGCCGUUUGUUGAGGAGAUGCUUGAGAAUCUCACCGGAAUCAUUUGUGAUUUAUCGCACGCCCAAGUGCACGUUUUCUAUGAAGCCGUCGGUCACAUAAUCUCGGCGCAGAUCGACGGAAAUCUUCAGGAGAAUCUCAUCAUGCAGUUGAUGGAUAUUCCAAAUCGCACUUGGAGCGAUAUCAUAGCCGCCGCUUCGACGAACGACGGCGUUCUCGAGGAGCACGAAAUGGUUCGAUCCGUUUUGAAUAUUCUGAAGACCAAUGUGGCGGCGUGCAAGUCGAUUGGAUCCGCGUUUGUCUCGCAGCUUGGAAAUAUCUAUGGGGACUUGCUCUCGGUCUACAAAAUCCUCUCCGAGAAGGUGUCUCGUGCAGUGACCGCGGCUGGAGAAGAAGCGCUGCGCAAUCCGUUAGUGAAGACGAUGCGUGCUGUGAAGCGAGAGAUUCUCAUCCUCCUCUCCACGUUCAUCUCAAAGAACGGUGAUGCCAAGCUGAUUCUAGAGAGCAUCGUCCCACCGCUCUUCGACGCUGUGCUAUUCGAUUAUCAGAAGAAUGUGCCACAAGCCAGAGAGCCGAAGGUUCUCUCAUUGCUCAGCAUUCUCGUCACCCAGCUUGGAUCCCUCCUGUGCCCACAAGUACCAAACAUCCUCGGCGCCGUGUUCCAAUGCAGCAUCGACAUGAUCAACAAGGAUAUGGAGGCGUUCCCCGAGCACCGUACCAACUUCUUCGAGCUCGUCCUCUCGCUGGUCCAAGAGUGUUUCCCAGUGUUCAUGGAGAUGCCUUCCGAUGAUCUCGGCACUGUCAUCGACGCCGUCGUCUGGGCAUUCCAGCACACAAUGCGUAAUGUUGCCGAGAUUGGUCUCGACAUCCUCAAAGAACUUUUGGCUCGUGUCUCGGAGCAGGAGGACAAGGUCUCCCAGCCAUUCUACCAACGAUACUACACCGCUCUCCUGAAGCACGUCCUUGCCGUCGCUUGUGACAGCUCCCAGGUCCACGUAGCCGGUCUGACCUACUACGCCGAGGUGCUGUGUGCUCUGUUCCGUGCGCCAGAGUUCUCGAUCAAGGUGCCGUUGAACAUGGAGAAUCCGCAACAAUCGAACAUUGACUACAUCUACGAGAGCAUUGGUAGCGACUUCCAGAAUCAUUUUGAUAACAUGAAUGCCGACCAAAUCCGCAUCAUCAUCAAGGGCUUCUUCUCGUUCAACACUGAGAUCUCGUCGAUGCGCAACCAUCUCCGCGACUUCCUCAUCCAGAUCAAGGAGCACAAUGGCGAGGACACAUCGGACCUGUAUCUCGAGGAGCGCGAGGCCGAGAUUCAACAAGCUCAACAGCGAAAGCGCGACGUGCCCGGAAUUCUGAAGCCAGAUGAGGUGGAAGAUGAGGAUAUGCGCUAA